GAUUGACACCCGCGUAUCCCUAUCCUCCUUCUCAGGAUACAUGAUUCUAGCCUACUGUCAAAUAGUAAUAAGUAGUGCCACAGGCCGCAUUCUAGCAGGGUGGGGGAGGUGUGAAGAGAGCUGGCUCCUUCUGUCCCGUUCACUCUGAUGCUGAAAUGGCGCUUAUCCCAUGCCAGGUAUUGCGGGCCGCCAUCCUGCUCUCCUACCUGUCGGUGCUGUGCCACUACAAGGCCAUAGAGAUGCCAGCGCAUCAGACCUAUGGGGGCAGCUGGAAAUUCCUCACAUUCAUUGACCUGGUCAUCCAGGCUGUCUUCUUUGGGAUCUGUGUGCUGUCUGACCUCUCUAGUCUUCUAACAAAGGGAAGUGACAACCAGGAACAAGAAAGGCAGUUAAAGAAGCUGAUCUCCCUGCGGGACUGGGUGAUGGCUGUAUUAGCCUUCCCUGUAGGAGUUUUUGUUGUGACAAUGUUCUGGAUCCUAUACAUAUAUGACAGAGAACUUGUUUAUCCAAAGUUGCUGGAUAACUUCAUCCCUCCAUGGUUAAAUCAUGGAAUGCAUACUACAGUUUUGCCUUUCAUUUUAAUUGAGAUGAGGACUACACAUCAUCAGUAUCCAAGUAGGACUUGUGGCAUUGUUACAGUCUGUUUGUUUUCCAUCUGCUAUAUAUUAUGGGUGUGUUGGGUUCACCAUAUGACAGGAAUGUGGGUGUACCCCCUUCUGGAGUACAUCAGUCCAGGAGCAAAAAUUGUCUUCUUUAUCAUAGUGACUGUUGUUAUUAACAUGUUUUAUAUUCUGGGAGAGAAACUGAACAACUUCAUUUGGGAAGCAGAAAAAUGUGAUGCACUAAGAGAUAAAAGACCAAAGAUGGACUGAAGCACGUAAGAAUAAACUGAAAGAAAUUAUGCUAAUCUCAAGAAUUGGAAAUGCCAAGAGUGUGUGUCUUAUCUAUUACAAAAAUAAGAAGAUUCUUUUUCUCAAACUGUUUUGUUCAGCCCUUUACUACAAAGAAGCACCAUAGAAAGAGAGCAACACAUAAGCAACAACAAGUGAAUAGUGCUGCUGUACUUCUUCACCCAUACAAUAAUCAUAUGCUAUCACAGAUACAUAAUUUCUAUAUUGGCAAGCCACCUAAAUAGCCUAAGUAACAUUUACUCUUACUGUUUCUAUUUAUAAAAUAGUGUAAAAAAUAGCAAAGGUGAAUAAAUACUUUCGGAACUGUCAAAAAUAAAUAUAAAUAUAUUUUUUUUUCACAAACAUACCUUAUUACACAGACUGAAAGUAAACCAUGAUAGUCUGCCUGGCUCACAGUGACCAUUUUCCCCAUGCUUUUAGGCUUACAAAGUGACCCAACACUUCCCUCACCAUGUUCCAUUUUGAAGCGAUGGAAAAGAGGCGCUUGCGAGGGGACAUGAUUACUCUGUACAAGUACAUUAGAGGGGAUUAUAGGCAGUUGGGGGAUGUUCUUUUUUCCCAUAAAAACAAUCAACGCACCAGAGGUCACCCCUUUAGAUUAGAGGAACGGAGCUUCCAUUUGAAGCAGCGUAGGUGGUUUUUCACGGUGAGGGCAGUGAGGUUGUGGAAUGCCCUUCCUAGUGAUGUGGUAAUGGCAGAUUCUGUUAAUGCCUUUAAGAGGGGCCUGGAUGAGUUCUUGAUCAAUCAGAAUAUCCAAGGCUAUUGUGAUACUAAUAUCUACAGUUAGUAUUAGUGGUUGUAUUUAUAGUUUAUGUAUGUGAGUGUAUAGAUUGGUAGGUGUGGGUUAGGUGUGCUGGGUUUACUUGGAUGGGUUGAACUUGAUGGACACUGGUCUUUUUUCAACCGUAUGUAACUAUGUAACUAUGUAAUUCUAGAACUUGAAGGCCCUCUGCUAAAGAAUCUAUGCACAACCCAGUAUGGAAAGCAGAAUGUCUCUUCACGGUGGAACAAGGCAGGGAGGGGCUGCAAUACGCAGUACGACUAAGGGGGGUGGGGGGGGGGUUGGACACCAUGUAUUAUUAAGUAUUAUGGUUUGUUUUUAAUCUGUAAAAUCAGGUAUGUCUGUGUAACAAACAUUUGUAUUUUUGAAAGUUUAUAGUGUUUAUGCACUUUUUCUACAAUUGCACAUUUGGGUAUAUAUAUAUAUGUGUUCGUUGCUCACACUUGCAUUCAGUUCAUGUUUUUUCUGGUUUCUCAGAAAAAACGAAGGUGAUCUUUUUUAUGCUCUAAGGCUGAUGCCACACCAGGCAUAUGGCGUAUAUUUUCGGCAAGCAGAAAAAACGAAAAUAUGCACCAUACCCACCAUAUGUGCCCUACCUGUGCCUGCAUGAAUAAGAUACGCUCAGGUGCAGGCCCAUGUAGCUGAUAUCCGCAUAAAAGCGCAAGAGAAUGCAAAGUAUUUUGGCUACAUGUGCCUGCAUCCGAGUGUAUCUCAUUCAUUCGAGUGCAGACACAGGUAGGAGCCUAUGCCACACCAAGCGUAUGGCAUAUAUUUUCGGCAAGCGAAAAAAUGCUUACCGAAAAUAUCACCCAUACACAUAGGGGGAGAUUUACUAAUCCAUGAACAGUCUGAAGGCGUCCGAAUGCAUUUUUUCGUAAUGAUCUGUAUUUUUGCGACUUUUUCGUCGCCGCGCGACUUUUUCGUAUGUCCCGUGAUUUUUUCGUUGCCGGCGCGACUUUUUAGUAUAUUUUCCACUACUUUUUCGUCGCUGUCGCAAAAAUAUCAGAUUGUUUUUUCCGCCGCUUACUAUAUUUCAAUACGAAAAAAUCGAGACAACGACGAAAUAGUCACGCAAAAUACGAUAAAGUUGCGACGGCGACUAAAAAGUCGCGAAAAAUCAUGACGGCGAUGAAAAAGUCGCAAAAUUUUCGUUUUCAAUACGAUUUUUUCCCUUUUGGGAUUCGGAUUCGUGGUCUAGUAAAUCUGCCCCUUGGUGUGGCAUCAGCCUAAGAAUGGUAAAAUCAUACAGAUCAGCUGCAAUGGGUAAUCAAAUUUCUCUGCUCAAGACACUGUAGAAUAAAUCACUUCAUUUCAUCAUAAAAUAAUUUGAAGGAGGAAUGCAGAAAGCUGUCAAUUUGUAAAAAAAAACCUGCAUUACUGUGAAUUCUACCUAUUAAUGCACUAUUCAGAUGCCUUCUAUUUUAUUCUCUUGCAGUAUGAUAAGAGUAAUCCCAUUUACAAAUAGACAACUUAAAGUACACUGUACUUUCCUUUGUUUACUAUAAAUAGUUUGGUUUUUAUCUUUUGAGAUGUUACAAAUUAUGGUAUACCUCUUAUUGUAUAUGAUCUUUUAUUAAUGUGAUCAUAAGUGUAUAUUUACGAAUAAAAAUGACCACUUCCGUU